GUUGUAGCUUCUACUGGAUUAAUUGCAUCUUAUCUUACAGCUGCAAGUGCUAAGCUAAGUUAGGUUACCUUACGCUUGCUGUUCCCGCAUGGCAGCCGCGGUAGCACUACUAUGGUUAUUCCUGAUCCAACAAGGAUUAAUGUUCAAGUACUGUAUCGUUUCCGCCUCCUCCUCCUCCUGCAGCGGCUCGAUCGUGAGAACGCAAGGAACCCAUUUUGCGAGAAACGGGAGGCCCGUGUACCUUAACGGCUUCAACGCCUACUGGAUGCUGAUGGCGGCGGCGGACGCGUCCACCGCCAAAAACGUCACCGGAGCUUUCCGGCAGGCUUCUAGCGUCGGGAUGAACGUCGCCAGGACGUGGGCUUUUAACGACGGAGCCGGCAGCUAUAAGCCUCUCCAAAUUUCACCCGGCGUCUAUGACGAGAGCGUGUUCAGAGGAUUGGAUUUUGUGAUAUCGGAGGCUGGCCGAUACGGGAUUUACGUCAUACUGGGGCUGGUUAAUAACUACAAGGAGCUAGGGGGUCGGCCGCAGUACGUAGAGUGGGCAAAGGAGCGCGGCCAGAAUGUUUCUGAGGACGACGAUUUCUACACCAAUGCCGUCGUCAAAGGAUACUACAAGAACCAUGUCCAGGCAUUCAUUCCCUGCACU